CGACGUUUACCAUGCGGAAUGUCCUGGUGAUCGGGGCCACUGGCUCUCAGGGCGGAUCCGUGGUUGCAGAAUUCCUGAAGCAUCCCGAUCUCUAUCAUAUCCGGGCAAUCACCCGCGACCCUUCCAAGCCUGCGGCGCGAGAACUCGUUGCCCGCGGCGUUGAGGUCCAGCGUGCCGACUUGGAGGACGGCCGAGAAGUCCUUACGGCGGCCUUCGCCGGUGCACACAUUAUCUAUGCACUGACCGACUUUUGGCAGAAGCGGUCCGCCCCGGCCGAGAUUGAGCAGGGCAAGGCUAUUGCCGAUGCUGCCGCGGCGACAACCACCCUCCAACACUUUGUCUGGAGCGCUUUGUCGGACCCCGUCGCCUUGUCUGGAGGGCAGUUCCUCAAUGUGCAUCACUGGAAGGGCAAGAGCUUGAUUACCGCGUAUAUCAAGACCGAGAAACCCGACUUGUGGGCGAAGACCACUACCAUCCUUUUCCCCAAUUACUUUGAAAAUACGCUGACCAACCCCGGCCGGUAUCUGCCCGCCAAGGAUGACGAGGGCAUCUACACCCUCAAAUUCCCUCACAGCCCGAACACGGUGCUGCCCAAUGUGGCUAUCGCUGACACGGGCAAGCUCGUCCAUCUGGUCGUCGAAGCCGGUUCAACCUACAUCACGAAGACUAUCGCUUUCUGGGCUCAAGCCCUGUCCGAGGCCGAGAAGCUAGCUGAAUUGGGCAAUUACUACAAUGUUCCAACUCGCUACCACCCUUCCAGCGCCAGAGAAUUCCAGCAGCUCCUCAUGUCCCGUGACGGCAUGUCGGAGGACAUUGCAUUGGACUUCACCGAGCAGUUGCUGAUCUUUGAAAAGUGUGGAAAUGUCUACGCAAGGGACGAAUUUGUGCAAGCCAAGGAGAUCCCGGUACUGACACUUCAAACCUGGUCUGAGUUCAUUCGCCAGCAUAAGCUGUUGGAGCAGCAUUAAGCGGUCUAUCGCGCCACACAAGACUCUUUCCGUAUCUUAGGACAGGCCAUCAGAUACCAGCAAGGUAGACAAUAAAAUACGAUCUUGCUCCGAUUGAUGGACUCGUCCUCAUCCGUGCAUUGCCGAAAUUCCGUAUCAAACUUGGUAAGGGAUUGCCAAGUGUGCAGAGGUUUUCAAUUGCCUUGCUGAAUGGGCCUCGAGAAGAUUCGGAACCCAUUCAGCUGUGCCAAGUAAGAAUUUGGGACCCAUUCAACAAUUACUAAAAUAAGGG